GGUGUUUUCGGAGGCGACAAAUUACAGGGGAAAGACACGAAACUUUUGCAACGGACCCUUUUUUAGUUUUCAACUCCGUGGCAUGGCGGCGCUUCGGUGCAUCCGGGUUCUUUCGCGUGAGUCUGCUGGCCGGCGACAUGGAGGAGACGGCGUCAUCGCAGGUCGUCAGUCACACGGCGGCAUGACCCGGCCCUGCCCCUCUCGCACAUCCCCCCGCCUAUAAAACACGUCAGCGCGCCGUCAGCCCCAGUCGGGGUCGAGAGAGGCUAAGAGUGAGCACCUCCUGUUGUCUGACCACGCGUUCCGACCAUAUUUAAAGUAUCCUCUCCGUCUCGGUUUAGAUACUACUACUACUACUGCAAAUGGUGAUCGACCUGUCCUGACGCUGCAGUUCCGUUCGCCGACGCUGGGGGAUUCUGUUGUUGAGUCAGUCCGGACCUGCCACCAUCCCAACAGUACCAGUGGAGAGACUAGCCUGGAGUCAGGACGUGCGCGACGAUCUCCUCAUCAUCAUCUCCUUCACGUUGUACCAAACGACUUUUCCCACUUCAAGUCGAUGCGCAGUUGUUGCAGAUAUCUUAAUCUUGAAAUACAGGGGAGAAUAGAGCUGUUGGAGUUCUCUUUGAGGUGCUUAGUCCUUGGAUAAGCACGAUGAGUCUAGUAGGAGGUUACGCGAUCCAUCCCGUGACGGCGCCUCACCACCACCACCACCACCACGAGCCGUACCCCGCCUUCCCGCCCGGGCCCUGCCGACCCGAGGACUCCCCUUACACCUACACGGGAUGGGCCUUCGCGCAGACCGAACUGCCUCCCAUGUCGCCCGAUCAGUACUCCGUCAACGGCUACAGCCCCAUGUCCAGCCCGUCCGUCAGUCCACCGGACUAUCCCACUCGCCACCAUCGGGGGCACGAGACGUUCCCCCCGCCCAACGGGUUCCACCACCACCUGAACGGGGUGCACCACCACGGGGCGCCGCUCAAACGUCCCCGAGGAUCCGCCAACAAGAAGGAACGCAGAAGAACGCAGAGUAUCAACUCUGCCUUCGCAGAACUCAGAGAUCGCAUCCCCAAUGUUCCAGCUGACACAAAACUCUCUAAAAUCAAGACGCUAAGGCUAGCGACGUCUUACAUAGCCUACCUCAUGGACGUUCUAAACAAGCCGGAGGGCCAGGGGACGGGCAGCGGCGAUGCUGCGGGCCCGUCGGGCUUCCAGGCCGACCUAAAAAAGAUGGACUCACGUGACGACAGCAGACGAGAAGACAUGGGUUCCAUCCUUCAAUCUAGUAUCAAGAGCGAGAAGAAGUCGAAGGGGAGGACGGGAUGGCCGCAGCACGUUUGGGCGCUGGAACUCAAGCCUUGAGGAAAAACGGACUUGUAUAAUAUAUAUCCCCACACCUGCUUCGUCUACCUGAAAACUACAAGAACUGCUUUACAUCUUACGAUCCAAGCUGGCCUUGAAGAAGGAAGGAUAAACGUCUUCUAGAAGCUUCAACUACAUCACCGACACAAGGAGUGGAAAGUUAGUAAGUAACGUCGGAUGGAAAGGAGAGAACAAGCUAGCGGAUAUGUAGAGAGAAAAGACCUCACAGUCCGAUCGAAGUGAAAGACUGCUUCCGUGGUAAGAACGUUUUUCCGUAGUGUGUAGCCAGAAGCGUUUCCCGUAGAUAAAGACUUACACUAGAAACCCAUUUUGUCUCCUUCCGAAACGUCGAAAAAGCUAAAAGCAUUUCUGUGGAACUAGACAGACGUGGGAUAACGAUGCUUUUUUUCUACGAAGACACAAAACACCUCGCCCGAAACAUGUAUAGAAAUGAUACGUAUCUAUAUAGCACGGAAAACAGAGAGAAUAUCGAAUCAGUUUUAUUCCGCCAAGACUCUUUCGGCUAGCCUUGUUUUAGUCUCAGUCUAGGAACACGAUAUCUGCAUACAUUUCCAGGAUUAUUUUACAGUUAACCUUUUAUAUACCAUGACCAACUUUUUUGCCAUUUUGGAACUGUGGAAAGAUACAUGAAAGUCCUAUUUUUGUACUUUUCUUUGUGUAAAAAAUAUAGGCAUUUAGUAAGAUUAGAGUUGUUUACUAUGAAGUGUUUACAAAAUAUAUGUACAGAUUUAUAGUAUUUAUUUGACGACCGACGAUUGUGAAAAGCCAAAUGUUUACUUUUUGCUUCACAAAAAUGCGAUGUUAUAGUUAGUGUCAUACUCUUUAUAGUUUAUUAGGUAGCGUCUAUUUUCUCGCAAGUUUGAACUCCUUGGCAUUAAGUUGAGCUUAGUGCUUUGCUCCAACGCUUUUGUAAAGUUGAAACAAAACUGUGAAACAUUAGAAAAUGUCAACAGGCUACCGAGCAUUUGUUUUGUACUUACACAUGCGAGCUUUGUAUUGUUGAAUCUCCUGCAUUUUUAACCUACUGCUUUUUAUCUGACUGUCACGACAAAAUACACGCUGAGAUGUUUCAUUCUGA